GAGAGAAUGUGUUAUGAAUGUGUUACCUUAUCAGAUUUAUUAACUGUCAUGAAUCUGUUGUUGUAUUUGUUAUGGUUCUCCUAUAGAUUUGUUGGUGCAUCUGUCAAGAAUGUGUUACUCUAUCAGUUAUCCAUCUACUGUUCUGUCAGUUGUGGAUUUAUUGUUGUAUCUGCUAUAUAUCCAAUGUUUAUGUGUUACUAAGGAUUUUUUCUAGUGUGGCAGUAAAUUUUGGGCUCUACUCUAACUUUUUUUGCAGCCAUUAGAUUGAUCGAUAUGUACAUGAAGAACAGGGGGAUAGGGAGCACACACAUGGUGUUUGAUGGAAUGGCUGAGAUUUGUUGACUACAUGUUAUCCUUGUUUAUCUUCACAUGUUUUGAAAGAUAGUUUCUAUAUAGUAAAAAAAACCUGCAUUGUUUGAAUCCUUCUGGAUGAUUUCUAGUCCAUUUUUAAGGCUAACCUUCAUUUACCAUUUGCAGAUUCUUGACUUUACUCAUUUUGUAUUUGCAGUUGUAGCUUUAAGUUAAUCUAGAGCCAGUUUUAGGUGAUCAUUCCUACUUUUCCAUUUGAAUGGUUUAAAAUUUUAGAAGAUAAUAAUAUGAAUUAAGAAGAGGAAAAUAAAACAUGGUAGAAGAAUUCUUUUGAUGACUGUUGAUAUUUGUGACUUGUGCAUGUCACCUCAAUGCAAGGAGGUCAUGUUAGACAGAUUUUGUAUCCAAAAAUAACUUUUGAGAUAGACGGCGAAGUUACAACAUAACUGAUGUGUCCUUUAGGGACAAGUCUCAGAUGUUAAAAGUCAGAAAAGAAUAACCAUGUCAUCAGACAACAUUCAUCAAGGGACUUCAUCUUGGACACUAGAUAUCAGGUUAUGGGAGAACUGGGAAUGGAGAGCCAAUCAUUUGCUUGUUUAUGGAGAUGGGUGUUGUGGGAUUCGCAGCUAACAAGAGCACUUGUGUAGGAAUGCUAAACGGGUGUGCAAACAUGGGCUCAAUGUUCUUAUUCCAAGCAACCCCACGCACAAGUGAUGUCUAUGAAAUGGUAUAUGCAUGGGGCUAUAUACUUCCGUUUUCUAAUUUUGUGUUAGUAAUGGGAUUUUCAUAUUUUUAUUUUCUUGUUGUUGAAGAUUGUGUUUGGAAUGCUUCAACCGUUUAUUUUCAGGUUGCCUUGCUUUUUAAGGAACAUCAGAAUUUGCUAGAGGAAUUUGUAAGUUUCCUACCUAAUGCCACCGGGGUGGAUCUUAUGCAGCGUGCUUUGGUAGAAAGGAGCUUGGCUAUGCCCAUGGUGCAGCAAGUUCAUGGGGAAGAGGGAAACCUAUUGAAAUUUACUACGGGAUUGGAGCGAUUUCCAGUUACCUUAUAAAAAGGGCCGAAACCACCUUUCCUAAUCUUAUUUGUUGGACAGAAGUUAUCUGUAGCAGCUACUACAGUUGCAAAAACUAUAUAAUGGCAACUUCAGACCUUUCUUGUCUUCUCUGAGCCUAUUUGCACUAAUGAAUCCCCUGUCAUCUAACCAUUAUUUCCAAAUACUUAUGUAGUGAAGUAUUGGUUCUCAAUUGAUUGAAAUGCUUAUUGGAAUUUCAUAUCUGUAAUAAUGUUGUUCUUGCUCCUUUUUAUGAUUUAGCGCAGGUAAUUUGGUUCUGCAUGCAAUCUGUUUCUGGAAAUGGCACGACUGCUCAGAUGCCGACUCGGUUGAGUGCAACCCAUCCACCCUUAAAAGUGGGAGCACCCAAAUGUGGAACUUAGGUACCAUUUGAGUCUAAGCCAAAUCACUGUUGUGUUCAAUACCUGUGGUAAUAAAUUGCUUGAGAUUUUUGGAAAGUGUGGGAGCAUGAAGGAUACCCACCAUGAUAAAUUGCUGAUAACCCGACAGAGAAAUAUAACUGGGUAAUCCAAGCAUACACCAGACCUGAAUCCUAUGACAGGGUGCAGCUGCUUGUUUAGAAGAAUUGUUGAUUUUAGCAGCUGCUUGUUUAGAUGUACAUGGGGAUGACAGUGUAAAGUAUCCGUAAUGGAAGUUUGUUAUAAGGGUGAGCAUGCAUAUGUUACUAUAACUCAAGAAAGGUUACUGGCAGGCAUUAUCUAUGAGGAUUCAACCUGGAUUGGAACAAAAGAUUGUUAUUCUGCAAGAUUCGUUUUCUUCAGGUGAUCGAUUGGCAAUUGCUAAGGAAACUGAGUGUCGGUUGGGAAUGGGUACAAACUUGUACCCAUCUUCAUCUCUUCUGGGGGACAGCAAGGAUGAAUUAGUUUCGGCUCUACCUGUGGAUGAACUAAUUGAGAAAGCUGAUGGUUUUGCUAGGGUGUUUCCUUGUGAUGGGGUCAAUGAUGCACCUGCAUUAAAGAAGGCAAACAUAGGAAUUGCAGUGGCAGAUGCAACAGAUGCUGCUCGAAGUGCUUCUGACAUAGUUCUAACAGAGCCUGGACUGAGUGUAAUCAUUAGUGCUGUUUUAACAAGCCAAGCAAUUUUUCAGAAAAUGAAGAACUAUACGGUACUAUCAUGACAAUCUCCAAGGACAGAGUCAAGCCUUCUCAGCUGGAAACUCAGUGAAAUUUUAGCAA